AUGGAGGCGGUAGCUUCGCACGCCCCCGACAACUCCGAGAAUGACCCGCACGAGAAGUGCGCGUCGGCGGCGCACUUUUCCUCCCAGGCUGUGGCUGCUGCCUUGGCCUCAGUGGCGACCCAGGAGGAGCCGAGCGCCGUGGCGCUGGCCGUGGCUUGCCCCGUGGGCGGCCUCACCCUCUCGCACGUCGCCUACCUCCUCAAUUUGGCCACUAAGAUGGCGAAGGCGACGGACGGGCUCUAUCACAACAAGGCCUUGAUCUUUGCCCGCUGGGUGGCUGCCUGCGCGGCGGCGAGCGCGAGCGGGCCGGUGUCCUUGCCCAUGUCCGCCAGCCCCGCGGACUACAACAAGCGCCGCGAGUUGGUGUGCUCGCGCCUCCGCUCAGCGUCCCAGCGCGGCGGCAACACCCAGGCCGAGGCCGAGCGGGCGAUGCGCGCGCUCGAGAUCGAGUCGGCGACGCGCUUCGUCUUCCCCAAGAUCACCUCGACCGCGGCCGACGCGGGCGGCGGCGGCGGCGGCGGCGGCGCCGCCGCAGCAGCAGAGAUCCCCGCCUACCUCAAGCUCCUCGCCUUUGCGAUGGGGACGCACGAGCGGCUCGGCGCCUCGAGCGCCGUGCGUCUCCUCGACAUGGACGCGCUCGGGCUCAUCGCCGCGGCGGUACUGUGGGAGGGCUGGCCCCCGGAGAUCGCGACGUGGGAGGAGGAGGACCAGGUGCCGUGCGGGGAGGUCGACUUUGUCGCUGACUACGAGGCGGCGCUCGAGGCGGAGGAGGAGGACGAUGACGAGGAGGGCGAGGAGGGCGAGGGCGAGGACGCUAUGGAGGCCUAG